UAACAACGUCAAAUCAAAUCGCGCUCUCUAUUAUGUUAUAUAUAAAGCACACAUCUCUUCAUCAUCCAUGCCUGUAAUUUCUUCACCUUCUCUUUGCCUCGAGUUUAUGCAGCUACAGUUGUGACAGCUAGUAAUUAUCUCAAAGUCCCACUCCAAUUGCCAUGUGUGAAAAGAACUGCGGCCAUCACCACGAAGGGAAGAAGCUCUGUCUCCGGAUAUUCUGGUCGGUCAUUGCUAUAGUUGGCGUCAUCGCCUUGGUGAUCUUACUGGUAUGGGCCAUUCUCCAGCCCAAAAAGCCCACUUUCAUCCUCCAGGAUGCUACAGUUAAUGACUUGAGCCUUUCAGGCUCAAAUUGCCUAACUAGUCACAUUCAGGUCGCCAUAUCCACCAAAAAUCCCAAUGAGAGGAUUGGCAUUUACCAUGAAAAGCUUGAUAUCUAUGCUUCCUACCGUAACCAACAAAUAACCCUUGCAACUGAGCUGCCUAGGAGUUACCAGGGCCACAAAGAAAUCAUCAUUUGGUCUCCCUUUCUGUAUGCUAAUGCCGUGCCUAUAUCUCCAUACCUAGCUGCUACUUUGGGCCAAGACUUCAAUGCUGGGGCCGUGCUUGUCAAUAUCAAGAUCGAUGGGACUCUUAAAUGGAAGGUUGGCUCAUGGAUUUCGGGCAAGUAUCGUAUCAACGUCAAUUGUCCGGCCUAUAUGACUUUUGGCGACCGGAUCCAUGGCAUUAACAACGGGGUAGGGAUCAAGUAUCAGUUUGCGCAAGGUUGCUCUGUUGAAGUUGCUCCUAGCUAAAGCUACUUACUAUAUUGUUUUAUCUUUUCUUUACUAGCAGCGGGUUGUUCUUUCUUUUAUCCCCAUAAUUAUUAUAUAACUUAUUAAUUUUGGUUAA